UAUCUCUCGUUCUCUCUCCUGCUUUCUCCGAGUCAGUCCAUUUUCCAUGUGCCCACUGUGUCUCCUCUCUCUACACGCGACCAUCUCCCCUCUACCAUCUCCGUCUCGAUUUUUCCCAAUUCCCAUCCCUAGGCACGGCUUGAGCUGGAGAAGUCUUCGGCUUCGGAUUCGGAGUCGCCACAGCUGCGUGUUGACGAUUCGAUGCCUGAAUUCGAUCUCAUGAGAGUCGAUCAAUGCGCCGCCGAUGAGAAAUUGGGUGAUUCCGGGCUCCUCGAGGCUCCCGCUGCCGGGAGUUACGACGUUGCUCCGGUGGAUGUUGAGGUUAAGCUCGCGGUGCCGGGCUGCUUGCAGAGGAGCGCCGGACGCCCGGCGCCGGCGAGGCGAGGUCGGCCGCCGAGGUCUCUGGCUAAAGAUGCGUCGUCUCCGCCUUCUACGGUCUCGCAGCAGCGGAAGCGUAGAGAGGAAGAGGAUGUCUGUUUCGUGUGCUUCGAUGGCGGUAGUCUCGUAGUCUGCGAUCGCCGGGGAUGUCCAAAGGCUUAUCACCCAGCAUGUGUCAAGCGUACUGAGGCAUUCUUCAAAUCAAGGGCUAAAUGGAAUUGCGGUUGGCACAUAUGUACGACUUGUCACAAGGGUUCAUUCUACAUGUGCUAUACUUGUCCGUAUUCAAUAUGCAAGAGAUGCGUGAGGAGUUCCGAGUACGUGGUUGUCCGUGGUGACAAGGGAUUCUGCAAAGUCUGCAUGAAAACAAUAAUGCUGAUUGAGAAUGCUGCCGAAGCUAAUAAAGAAAAGGUUGAUUUUGAUGAUCAAAGCAGCUGGGAAUAUCUUUUCAAGAUCUAUUGGGUUUCCCUCAAAGAAAAGCUAUCUUUGUCCUUAGAUGAUCUUACCAAAGCAAAAAAUCCCUGGAAAUCUGCGUCCUCUACUUCUUCUAAGGGAAAACUUAAGAACCGGCUCUUUGACCAUGAUGAUGGCAAUAUUUCUUUCUCUCACAAUCCUUGUGGGGAUGUGAAAGUGCAUCAUGCAAAAACAAGGAAAACUGAAGCUGCCUCUGGCAAUAAAUCGGGUUCUUUGCCUGGUCGUACUGAAUGGGCGACGAAUGAGCUUUUGCAGUUUGUGGGGUAUAUGAAAAAUGGUGAUACCUCCGUCCUGUCUAAGUAUGACGUCCAGACUCUUGUUCUAGAACACGUUCGACGAAACAAUCUUCAAGAUCCUUGUCAGAACUCUCAAAUAGUGUGUGACUCGAAGCUCAUGGGAUUGUUUGGGAAGGAGCGAGUAGAUCACUUGCAAAUGUUAAAGCUUCUUGAUUAUCACUUCCUCGACCAGGACAUGUCUCGUGUUACAAGUAGCUCUAGCAGAGGAGGUACCGAAGUAAUACCCAUCAAGACAGGGGCAGACAGAAACAAUGAUAGGUUGAAUGGAUCUGAAUGGCUACAAGGAAGAGAGUCACAGCAAUCGACCGAACUAAAUAAUCAUGUUGCACCUUCCACUUCCAAUGGCAGAGAUCAAGCAGUAGUACGAUCCGAAACUUCUGUUGCCCUUUCCAAAGAAUUCCCCUCUGUUGAUGCUUCCUUGUCAAGUGAACCAAAUCAUGCUUUGGGUGCGAGUCGAGAAUGGUUGUACCGAGAUCCAAAUGGGAAGAUUCAAGGGCCGUUUUCAAUGUCAAACCUGAGACAAUGGAACUCGAGCGGGCAUUUCCCGCCGGAUUUGAGAGUAUGGAGGUCGAGUGAAAAGCACAAUGAUUCCGUACUAUUGACUGAUGCACUAAACGGAGAAUUCAAUCAAACAGGGUCACCCCAGAAACAUUGUAUGCCUGCCGAGGAAGUGAUUGGCUUUUCUACCGGCAGGAAUGGGGGCGUGGAUACUACCAGAGUAGACAGUAGAGUAUUAGAUGUCGGCCCAAAUCCGGUAUGCGCUGACCAGAGUAUCAUUUCCAGCAGUAGCAGCAUCAUCACGAGGAACUCAGUUGCGAGCAACACUUCUUUCGGUCAUAAUACCGUGCCAUUGGAUUUUGCUCUUUCCACGGAGAGACAGGCAUUGGGUUCUGUUCCACUCUGGAACAAACCAAAAGAUGAUAGUCCUUUUCUAGGUCAAAGCCAGAUAAGUUGCUCACUUUCCUUGGCCACAUUUCCCGGAAACCCGAGCACAAGCAGUUCUCUGGUGCAUGAAAAAUGGAAUGCAUCCAUUCAAAAUGGUAAUGGACUUUACUGCGGGACCGAGAAACAGGUGGCUGCAACCAUAGGUAAUACGGCUCAGUCAUGUGGCCAGAAUUGGAAUGCUGCUACUCCAAGCAGUGCUUCGACUGUACUGGACACUAACUCAUGUCUGGUGUCUUUCACGGACAAUCAAGAGAUUGACUUCUUAGAUCUUUUCAGCCCUACUUUCAAAUCAAGUCUUGGAUCUACAUCCGCGGACUGGCAAACAAUUGUGGCAAACCCGGACGAAUGUGAUGAAUCUGUUUCAGACCUUUUGGCUGAAGUGGAAGCCAUGGAAUCCCAAAAGGGCUUACCUUCUUCCCCUACUUCAUCAUUCCGUGGUCCUGAGGAAUUGACCCGGCAUUCGUUGAACGAUUGCUUCAGUCCGGCUGACAGGCUUAGCCCGGCUCUUGAUGUAAGCAAAGGUGAUGCCAUGAGCUCCACGAACGAUCUGCAAAUGCAUUCGCGGUCGAAAAACAGCGGAUUUUUAGCCGGCUAGAGAAGGGUGUUAAGCUUGAUGAACAUCCCAAGCCGAGCAAUGGAUCUAACGUGUGGUGGUAGAUGGUAGGCUGUGCUCAUAAUUUUUGUUUUGCAGGGGGGGGGGGAAUCUGAGACAUUACACAAAAGGUAAUAACAGGCAGAUCAUGAAAAAGGGUGGGUGGAUCUAAGGAGCAGAGUCUGUAAAUUUUUACAAGAAAGCAAGAAACUCACGUAGGUUGGUGUUUUUACUGCGGGAUCAUUGAUUCAGAUUUUAGGGUUUCACUACUGUAAGAAUGUGCACUCGAAGACUGUAAUCUUCAUUGUUUGUAUUAGGUUAAAAAAAAGAGAGCAGAAAUUAUUGUCUUAA